AUGACCCAAUACAUGCCUAUGGAAAUCUUGGGUAAGGUAGGUCUAGAGGAAGUUCCUGAUAUUCAAAGCAUUGCGUCUGAUGCAGAAAUAGGCUAUUUGCAUGAAGUUGAUCUAGAAAUUCCAAUACACUUACACGACUUCUUUGCAGAUUAUUCUUUAGCACCAGAAAAGCAAAUUAUGCCAGAAAACUGGCUUAGCUUAUAUAAUGAAAGAUUAGUACGUGACAAGGCAGUUGGAGAUGGAAAAUAUGU